AUGAAGAAAGGAAAAUGUAAGAAAAUUAAGAAGAAAUCGAAAGGCAACCAUUCCAUAAUUAAUAAUUAAUUAUAAAAUUAAUUUGAAUAAUUCCGCUAUUCUGAUUAAAAUUUCUCUUUGGAAUUGGGACAAUUAUUCAUUUUCUAGAUUUAAAUAGCCUAAAAAAUAUGCAAGUAUUAUGUAUAGAGAAUUUAGAUCUUAAUUUUAAGUAAGUCAAGAAGAUGAAGUUUAAGAAAAAAAGGAUGUUAGUUAUGAUUAUUAGAUUUUGAGAGAACUUCUUGGUAUGAAUCGGCUAGGAGUGCCUAGGGAUAUUUGA